AGCCCGCGCGGAGGUGGUGUGGAGCGCUUCGACUCAGAGCGGCUGAGCAACUUGAUCGCCCUGCAAGCUGCGGCGAAGCCUCUAUAGAGAAGGCAAGAGAGCUUGGCAGCUUCGAUUGAAGCCAGCGAGCGGCGACGUCAAGGCAGGAGUCAUGAGCGAUAGCGGCGAGCAGAACUACGGCGAACGGGUUAAUGUUGAAGAAGGAAAAUGCGGAAGUCGUCAUAUGACAAGUUUUAUAAAUGAGUAUUUGAAGCUCAGGAAUAAGUGAAGCUGAAAUUUGAAAAAAUAAAAGAAAGAAUGCAUGCUAAUUAUCAGACCAGAAGUCCCACUUAUAGAAUAUUGAGCAAUUUGUGUGAAGUGGGGAAGAUGAAAGAAGUCAGAAUUUGAAACGGAAGAAUGAAGAAAAGAAAUAAAAAUGAAGUUAAGAUAAGAAGUAAUCUGGAAUCAGAAAGCACUACGCUAAGAAUCCCGUUCUGCUUCCAGAAGUGGAAGUGCUCACGGAUCGGGGAAAUCUGCAAGGCAUACCCCUGCAAGGUCUCGCUCCAAGGAAGAUUCCAGGCGUUCCAGAUCAAAGUCCAGGUCCAGAUCUGAAUCUAGGUCUAGAUCCAGGAGAAGCUCUCGAAGGCAUUAUACAAGGUCAAGAUCUCGAUCUCGCUCUCAUAGACGUUCCCGUAGCAGGUCUUACAGUCGAGAUUAUCGCAGACGCCACAGCCACAGCCAUUCUCCCAUGUCUACUCGAAGGCGUCAUGUUGGGAAUCGGGCAAAUCCUGACCCAAACUGUUGUCUUGGAGUGUUUGGGUUGAGUUUGUACACCACAGAAAGAGAUUUAAGAGAAGUGUUCUCUAAAUAUGGUCCCAUUGCCGAUGUGUCUAUUGUAUAUGACCAGCAGUCUAGGCGCUCAAGAGGAUUUGCCUUUGUGUAUUUUGAAAACGUAGAUGAUGCCAAGGAAGCUAAAGAACGUGCCAAUGGAAUGGAACUUGAUGGGCGUAGAAUCAGAGUUGAUUUCUCUAUAACAAAAAGACCACAUACCCCAACACCAGGAAUUUACAUGGGGAGACCUACCUAUGGCAGUUCACGCCGUCGGGAUUACUAUGACAGAGGAUAUGACCGUGGCUAUGAUGAUCGGGACUACUAUAGCAGAUCAUACAGAGGAGGUGGUGGUGGAGGAGGUGGAUGGAGAGCUGCUCAAGACAGGGAUCAGAUUUACAGAAGGCGGUCACCUUCUCCUUACUAUAGUCGUGGAGGAUACAGAUCACGCUCCAGAUCUCGAUCCUACUCACCUCGUCGCUACUAAAGCAUGAAGAUGAAGACUUUCUGAAACCUGCCAUAGAGCUGGGAUAUUGUUUGUGGACAAUAUUUUUAUUGUCUGUUUAAAAAGUGAACAGUGCCUAGUGAAGUUAGGUGACUUUUACACCUUUUAUGAUGACUACUUUUGGUGGAGUUGAAAUGCUGUUUUCAUUCUGCAUUUGUGUAGUUCAGUGCUUUGUUCAAAGUUAAGUGGUUUCAGAAAAGUAUGUUUUGCAUGUAUUUUUUUACAGUCUAAAUUUUGACUGCUGAGAAAUUUCUAUUGUACAAAACUUCAUUUAAAAGGUUUUUCUACUGAAUCCAGGGUAAUCUGAAGAUCGAAGCCUGUGUGUAAAAUGCUACCAAAUGGCAAAAAGCAACAAUAAACAGUUUUGAUUUUUAUUUUCCUUUCGAACAUUGAUGCUUAGCAGCACUAUUCAAAUUUGUUAUCAGUAAAUUCGAAGGUGAAAAUACACCCAUUUUCCUCCAGUCCGUGAAACACCAUAUUUAAUAUACCUGCAACUACGUGUUAAAAAUAAGCUCUGUAAGGGGCCGGAGAUUUAGCUCAGUGGUUCUGCUGCCUGCCUCGCAAGCGCAAGGUCCUGAGUUCGAUCCCCGGUACCAAAAAAAAUAUGCUCUGUAACUCUGUACUGCUAGUAGUAGAACUAAGUUUUUCAAUACAGCAAAUGCUUACUGCUUAUAUAAAUGUGGAUUUGUCAGCCUUUAUGUAAUCUGUAUAUGUAUAACAGGGAAUAAGAAAAGAGUUAAGAGUUAGACAUUGUGUAUGCCUUAAGGCUGUUUCUUAAACCUGUUAAAAGGGGAUGAUGGUAUUUCAACUAGCUAUCAGCAAAUGACAAUACAUUCCACCACAAAUGUACUCUUGUUCUUCUAGCUUUUAGACCGUUAACCUGGGUGCUUCACAGUACAGGAUAAGAGAAGGGAAUAUUACCACCUGUCAUGGAUGAACUGAAAACCGCCUGUUCAUUUUUUAAAUAUUAUUUUCAGGUCCUUUGCUUAUCAAAGGAGUCCCAAUUUCACUCAAAUGUUUUGAGAACUGUGUUAAAUAAAAGAAAAUGAAGAGAAAAA